AUGUCUGAAUUGGACAGAAUUCUGAUACAACCUAUCAUUGACAUAAAGGAACCGAUAGAAAUUUCUAGUGAGAAUGUUGAAGAUGUCGUUGUCAACAUCCACGUCAUUCUCCGUAAGUGUCUGUAUUGCAUCCGGCAAGAAUUACCUAUUCCAUUGGAAACAUUUCUUUUCAUCUUAGCGCAGGCUGCGUCUUUCAAUCCAGAUCGACUCUGUAAUGCGAUGUGUCAUGUUAUAGAAGGAGAAUCAUGUGUAGAUUUAUUUGCGGAAGUAUUUAGGCAUCUACUGUCAAGAGAGGGCGCUCCUUUGCGUUUAAGAUUUGACAUUGAAAUACUUUUCGAGGUAGUGCAUGCCUUGUGUAGCGAACCAAAACUGAAGAGUUCACUUGGGUGGACUAUAGGGCAGUCAUUAUUGAGCUUUAUGCUGGACACAUCUCAACAUUCAGAUGAUUGCCGAGUCCACCGUAGCUGUGCAAGUGCGCUAAUUACACUUUUACGAGGCUCUUUUGCGAACAAAAACCGUUUCAAGGUAGAAUGCGGGAAAAUAGCCGCGGCUCUUGAGAGGUCCUCUGACUUUUUUUUCCAAAUGCAGUGCACGGAAAUACUUUUCCGGCUAUAUGUCCAUGACAGUGGUGCGCUAGCACAGGGGCAAAUGAAUGACUACCUACGACGUGGCAUCAGUACCCUGCAUAACGAUGCCACCCUGCUGCGCAGCAUACAGAACCUUCUUGAUGGCUACAACGCGGAGUUCAACGUCUCGCGCAUCCUACCUUUCACAAUUGUUCGAAUGGAAGUUUCCGGCACGGAAGUAUGCCGCCAUACAACGCUAUACUUCUCGUCGCUUCUGGUGGUGGUGAUGCUUCCUGGGGGGACCGGCGCGAGCUUUUCGAUCCCCUUUGAGCAUAUCCGCUCGGUUAAGCUGUCCAAGGAUCACAAAUUAGGGCUUCGCCUGAACGUGAUCCCGCGCGAGCUUUCUCAAGUAAUGGACCUGUCCAGCGGGCGGGAUACCCUACACGUCUUCCUCACGCAAGCCACGCUCGUGCGCCUUCGAUCGAGUGGCGUGCACGAGUGGAUCGCAGCGCGCAAGCGCAACGCACCGCGUCGCUCCUCUGCACUCGCGACGAGGUUUCCCCACUCCUCCGAAGCCCCUCGCGUCCCCCUUGCGGAAGCUGCAGAGGAGAAGAAAAUCCAUCCCGGGGAGGGAGAAAAAACCCAGCCCGUGGGGGAGGAAAAAACCCAUCCCGUAGAGAUCGCGGAUCGGCUCGGCGAAAUCCACGGUGCGGCGGCAAUCAAAGCGGCGCGCGCGCGGGCAGACCGCCUCCGCCACCACCGCCGCGCCUGCGAGGUGCUGCAGAGUGAGUUGGAGGAGCUCCAGCGGCAAAACGCGCGCGAGCGCGAUGGAUUUGAGGCCGGCUUCCGUGAGGAGAUGGCGGCGAUCCGCCGCGUGGAGGCUGAGAUGAAGGCGUGCGCGGCGGAUCGCGUGCAAUCCCUCAACGCAGAGCUUGAGGAGAUGCAGGCCUUGGGCGCCGCGCUCAAAGGUGAGGUUGAUAGGCUCCGCGAGCGGCUCGCGAAGUCCGUCGGUAAGCUUGAAGGCGUCGAGGAGGUCUGCCUCGCGCGCGUAAAACGUUUGGUGGACAGUCGAAUGGAGGAGAUCGAGGCGAAAAUGCACUCCCUCUUGGCGGAAUCAACUCCACUUUCCAAGGUGUCAAAUGCCCUACGACAGUACAUGCACGGAGAUGCAGGGGAAGCUGCACCUAGAGCCGAGCAACUUAAGAGUUGA